AGGAUUGGUGGAGAGGCCAUGAAUGAGAAUAAAUUUCUGAGCACAGAUCCUGGUACAGGGCCAAUGGAAGCAGCUAAACCAUUGCCAUUCAAGGAUCCAAACUUUAUGCACUCUGGCAUUGGUGGAGCAGCAGCUGGCAAGAAGAACAGAACUUGGAAGAACCUAAAACAAAUUCUUGCUUCUGAAAGGGCAUUACCAUGGCAACUAAAUGAUCCUAGCUAUUUUAAUAUUGAUGCUCCUCCUUCCUUUAAACCAGCCAAGAAAUACUCUGACAUUUCAGGACUUCCUGCUAAUUACACAGACCCACAGAGCAAGCUGAGAUUCAGUACCAUUGAAGAAUUUGCCUACAUUCGCAUGCUGCCUUCAGAUGUUGUUACAGGUUACCUGGCUCUAAGAAAAGCAACGAGUAUAGUUUCCUAAAACUUCCAAAAUGUUACUGAAUGAUCUAUCAUGAAUAGGGAAUAAGAUUCAGCAUCUCAGCUGAGACCAUGGGGUUUGGGUUUUAAUGAAUCUGUUUCAUAUUUAUUUGAAAGUGGCUACUAUUGAAAUGUGGAUUGAAAAGAAUAUUUGAUCUUCAUUUUGAUAAAUGAUAUUUUCUGGCUUACCAACUUGUAAACAGGAUGCAGUUCUGGCCCCAGAAAAGUCAACACAAGUUAUGCCACUGAUUUCAAUGCGGCUUUAAGUGACGGUGUGAAGGAGUGAGUUUUGUACAGGACCUGGGACCAGGAACUGAGUCCAAACAUGCCUCAAACUCCCUUUGUGGCUCUGGAAGGGCCACAAACUGUGGGUUCCCAUUUUUCGCUGUCUGCAGAAUGGGUAAAGUACUUCUGAGUACUACUGUGGGAUGAACUAAUGAAGGUAUAUGAAGCAUUUUGAAGAAGUGCUUUGUCCAAGUGCCAACAGGACAGUUGUUUUGUAAUAUAGAAACUCAUCUGCAUUCACUACCUGCCCUGGAGCAGCUAGGGUGGGCACCAUGUGGGUCAACUCUGGACCCAGAGGCAUCACUAGAGGAUGGAUGAUGGGGCUCCAUGAGCUGGGUCUUGUGAUACCCCUCCCUUAAAUGGCUCUGACCCAUCUCCCCUGUAAUGGUAAUUAGAGAAGCCCUGUUACAGUUCCCAGCUGGAAAUACCCACUUCACAGAGGUGCCAGCCUGCAGGCCUGAAUUUGAAAUUUAUAAAUCCAGUUGAGGGAUGGGAUAUUAACUGCAUCCCUCUCCAGUAUCUCCUAUUACCUGGCUUGUUUAGCUGCUUCCUGUUGUGAAUUCCAAUCCUAGCUCUGCACGUAAAGAACAGGGAGCUUUGGACCUUGACCCUGGUUUGGUGAACAUGAUUCCCAAAAUCAAGGCAAAAAAUUUCAAUGUCACUCCACCCAAGCUCCUUUUUUGGAUAUGGUCCUUCAUGAAUUGUAAUGCUCAGGUUAAAGAAAAACUGAGUCACUGUAGUGUAAUGGCCAAGUGUAGUAACUCUAGUCUAAUCCCAGCCCUGCUACUGACUUUCUUUGUGAGCCUUGGCACAUCAUUUCACCUGCCUUGCCUUCCUCAUUGUGAAAUGGGAAUAACCUAAUUUAAGACUUAAGAUUAAGGGACAGAGUGCAGUUAAGUUAAUGUUUACAACAUGUUUUGAAUGCACUGUCCUAUAAAAGUGCUAGUUACCGCAGAAAUGCCUCUACUAAAGAAAUGAAUAUUCGGGGUGAAAUGAGUAUUGACUUACUUCCAACUCCUGAACAAGGUAGGCAGUAAUGGGACAUAUUACAUUUACUAAAUAUAUCUAGGAUUUAAUGCCUAUUUUUUAUGGUCUAAUACAAAAACUAGUUUUAAACAUCUCUGACAUGCUUACAGUAGAUCCCCCCAAAGCCCUGGAUAACAGACAGUGCCUCAACUGUUUGCAGGCAACGGAAAACAUUAUGACAAUCUCUCUCUUGAGG